AUGAAGCUCCAAAACCUCCUCCUCCCCAUGUCCUUUGCUACCGUCGCGCUCGCUGGCCCGAUUUCCUACGGUAUCUGUCAGAGCGGCUGUGCUGCCGUUGUCUGCGUGUGCUACUCCGCUGCUGGGGCGGUCUUCGGGACGGUUCCUGCGGCCGCGGCGGCUGCUAUGCCAGCCCUCGCAGCAUGCAACGGUGCCUUUGGUACAUGCUCAGCGACUUGCGCGGGUGUUACACUCUUGGCGCCGAUUCCCUAGAUCGGGUAGGGUGACGCAUUCAGUGAACUGGCUUUUUUUGUAAAUGGGUGAAGCUGAGGUGGCUCGGCUGUGGGUGGUGGUGGUGGUGAUUUUCUAAUUUGAGGAGGAUACCGGAUUUGGAAUUUAAUUUUCUGUCAUUAAUAGUGAUUUUUUUUUUUUCUGCCCCAAUUGAAACGUAUUAUGAUAUAAA